AUGGCUACCCCUAGCAUUCUCGCCUUUGAUACUGAGGGUCGGGUUGUUGUCUUUGAGGUCAGGGUCGAUCAUCUACAGCUUUUCCUACAGUGCGAUAGGAAAGACGGUCUCUCACUGUUUGAUCUCACGUCUGGCGCCUCUUCUGCCCCUGCUGCCGAUGCUGACAGCACUCUUCGCUCACAGUGGGCCACACGCGAUGUUGCUGACCGUCUUGCUGUGCGUAGUCACCUGCCUUCCACUGAGCGCGCGCACUUUAGUCAGUACAAGAGUGCUAAGACCUUGUACGACGCUGUAGUUGCACGCUACUCUUCCCCUGCCACUGCUGCCCUUAGUCGCCUCAUGCUGCCGUACCUGUUCCCUGACCUCGCCGCCUUUCCCACUGUCGCUGACCUCAUUACGCACCUUCGCACUAGUGACACCCGCUACCGCGCUGCGCUUCCUGCUGAGUUCUGCGCCAAGAACCCCCCCCCCCCCAUGUACAUCACCCUCUACUACAUAGUCACCCGGCUCCCUGACUCCCUUCGCUCGGUCAGGGACCACUUCCUCUCUGUUUGCCCCACCACACUCACCGUUGACCUCCUCGAGGAGCGCCUCCUGGCAGCUGAGAAGAGUAUGGUCGUUGUAGGAGCCUCUUGUGGUGACCCUCGUGCCCCCUUCUUCGAGGGGUGCUCCCCCUCCCCCCUUUUGCCCUCUGUUGCCUCUGCUGCUGCCGUCGACUUCGUUGGCACCGAGUCGGACGGUGCUGCGUCUGCCCCUAGCGGGAGACGCCGCACCGGCAAGGGCAAGGGGGGCAAGGGAGCUGGAGGGGCUGGUGGGGGUGGUGGAGGUGGCGGUGGAGGCGGCGAAGGGAGUGGGGGUGGCGGUGGGAGUGGUGGUGGGGGUGGGGGCUUCGGUGGCGGCGGUGGAGGCGGAGGCGGCGGCGGUGGUGGCGGUGGGAGCGGAGGACGAGGCAGUGGCGGCGGUAGCGGAGGUGGCGGCGGCGGAGGUGGAGCUGGUCGGGGUGGCUCUGCGCAGCGGGGCGGCUUUGGUGGUGGUCAGCGCCAGCAGCAGCAGCGCACUCGUGACACCCCGCCCCCCCAGCAGCUUCGUGAGUGGUACGCUGCGCGUCAGCGGGGUGGGGGUGCUGGUCCUUGUGCCUACGUCCUGCGUACCGGCGACCGCACUGGUGAGCAGUGCGGUGGCCCGCACACCACCCAGCGCUGCUUCGGCCGCCUGAUGGACGCUUGGCGUCUCCAGUUCCCUGACGCCACUGAGAUCCCCCGCUGGGGUGAGGUCCUUUGGUCGGGGGUUACCAUCUUUGAUCUGGAUUAUGAUGCCAUUCUUGCUUCCAUGUAUGUUGUGUCUACUAGUGAUGAGGGUGACUGUUACCUGUGUGUCCCGCCUGACCCGGGCAUUGACGCUGCUGCUCUAGAUGCUAGUGAGGCUGCUGUUCUAGGUACUGGUGAGUCUGCUCUCUCAGGUACCACGUCGGCUCAGGCCUUACACACCUUCACCCUUGACUCGGGUGCUUCCCGCUCCUUCUUUCGAGACCGCACCACGCUUACGCUGCUUAGUCGGCCAGUUGCGGUCUCCCUGGCGGACCCCUCUGGGGGUCCUGUCCUUGCCCGCUUCUCCACUGUCUUACCGUGUCCGGCGGCCCCCUCUGGCACCCUGUCUGGUCUCUACCUCCCCUCGUUCUCUACAAACUUGGUGAGUGGUGCUGAUCUACAGGAUGGGGGGGUUGGCCGGUUCACUCCUGCGAGUCAGCGGGUUCCCUAG